AUGCACAGCCGAAUGAAGAGACUUAUUGAUAAGGUUCUAAGAAGGGAUAUCGAACCUCUAGGCAAUACAUCUACAUUACAAUCAGAUCGAGAGUCUUAUGGACGUACUGUUCAAAAUUUUUGUCUUAUAUGGUUAGAUAAGAGUAGUGACAAUGUGAAUGAUAUUGGUUGUAUGAAUACCAUUGUACAAUUACGACAUGUAGUAAAUGAUAUAUUAACAUUUACCGAUGUUGAUGAAUGUAUUGCAUCUAUUAAUGAUAUGACAGAUGAAAGAAUCUUUAUGAUUUCUUCUGGAGCACUCGGUCAAAUAAUUGUUCCAAUUGUUCAUGAUAAAUCACAGAUAAAUGCCAUUUAUAUUUUUUGUGGAAACAAAACUGUACAUGAACAAUGGACACAACAAUGGUCCAAAGUGAAAGAAGUAUCCACAAGUAUCUUACCGAUAUGUGACUCACUUAAACAAGCCGCCGAAGAUUGUGAUCAGAAUUCUGUCUUCAUGAGUUUUGUCAAGACAAUUGAUGGAACUUCAAAUAAAAAUUUGAAUGAACUUGAUCAAUCAUUUAUGUAUACUCAAAUAUUAAAAGAAAUCUUACUUACUAUAGAUUUCGAACAGGAAUGUUUCAAUAACUUCCUUACAUAUUGUCGAGAGCAUGCUGCCGAUCAUAAUAUCGAAUUGAAACAUGUCGAUAAAAUCGAAAAAGAAUAUCAUGAUCAUCAACCUGUCUGGUGGUAUACAUAUAACUGUUUUCUUUAUUCCAUGUUGAAUAGAGCAUUACGUACAAUGGAAAUCGAUUUAAUCAUUAAAUUAGGCUUCUUCAUUCGAGAUCUUCAUCAACAUAUUGCGAAGCUUCAUUCCGAACAAUAUAGUGACUAUCAUCAAUCGAAAACUUUUACUGUAUACCGUGGCCAAGGUUUACCUCAGACAGAUGUUGAUCAAUUGACGAAAGCAUACGGUGGAUUAUUAUCUUUUCAUAGUUUUUUAUCCACAAGCAAAGAUCGAGAUAUAUCGCUCGGUUUCGCUCGACGAAGUAUUGAAACCUCUCACCUAAUAGGUAUUCUUUUUAUUAUGAAAAUUGAUCCAUCUAAAUCAUCGACACCUUUUGCUAAGAUCCAUGAUAUUACUGCUUUUCGAAAAGAAGAGGAAAUUCUCUUUUCUAUGCAUGCCAUUUUUCGUAUUGGAUCAAUGAAACUAAUCGAAAAAAACAAUAGCCGUCUCUGGCAAGUAGAAUUAACAUUAACUAGUGAUAAUGAUCCACAAUUAUGCGCUUUAACGGAGCAUAUAAGAAAAGAAACAAUGUCUGGUCAUAAAGGAUGGUAUCGAUUAGGUGCAUUAUUAAUUAAACUAAAUCAAUACGAUAAAGCUGAACAACUAUAUGAUUUAUUACUUACAAAAGUAACAAAACCAGGUGAAGAAGCACAUUUGAAUCAUAUGAUAGGAAUAAUUAAGAAUGGUCAAGGACAAUAUGAAGAAGCUAUUCAUCGAUACGAAAAAUCAAUUGAAAUCAACCGGGAACUGCUUUCACCAGAUUCAUCUGCUCUUGCUGCUUCUUAUAACAAUCUCGGUUCAGUAUACUCUAGUAUGAAUGACUACUCAAAAGCGCAUUUGUAUUAUGAGAAAGGACUUAUGAUAAAUCGAGAAAUUCUUCCUCCAGAUCAUCCUGAUUUAGCUACAUCUCAUAACAAUAUCGGAGGAAUAUAUGAAAGUAUGAAAGAUCACCAGAAGGCACUUUCGUAUUAUAAAAAAGCAUUGGAAAUCUUUCAAAAGACACUCGUUUCAAAUCAUCCUAAUGUGGCUGAUUGUUACAACAAUAUCGGAGGCGCGUAUGAAAAUUUGGGUAAAUAUUCAAAAGCACUUUUAUUUCAUAAACAAGCACUUGAGAUUCGUCAAAAAACACUUCCUCCGAAUCAUCAUGAUUUAGCCUGUUCUAUCGGGCAAAUAGGAAUGGUAUGUUCUCAUAUGGGUGAUCGUUCAAAAGCUAUUGAAUACUGUGAAUGGGCUCUUAGAAUUAUUGAACAUUCAUUACCUUCUGAUCAUCCAGAUGUUGAAUCAUAUAAAAAAAAUCUUGAAUUUGUAAAAAGUAAAGCAUGA